UUCGUCGUGGCGGAAGCGAGGUGUUUUCUUAGUUGGUUUAUUCGUUCUUUCGUUCGUAAAUCGUUAAUUCGUCGCCAGAGGAACUUCGAUUCAACGACCGGUGCAGUUUCAUUCCGUUUCUCGUAAUUGGUCCUUUUCGAUAUUAAAUCUCUUUUGCAAACGAUCGCCGACACGCAGCGCGGCGAAUAAACUGGAAAAGCGUAUCGAACGCGGCCAACGAACAAAUUAUCGGCCACCGGACGAUAAAUCAGAGGGGAAAACGGUUUUGUAUACGCGAUACGAGUUCACCGGAUUGUUCGUACUCGCGCGUAUCGAAAUAACGUGCCUCCUCUUUUUUCCUUUUUUACCAUUUUCCGCUUUCGCUAAUAUUUCAAAUCGAUGGUGGACGCUUCGUACGGCGGAAACAGCGACUAGUCGCUGGCUAGACCAAACUCGAUUCGUUUCGAAAUCGUAAUCGACGAUACCCUUCGCGUAUCUCUCGCGAUAUUUCGUUCGUCGUUCUCGCAUCGUAAAAUCGCACGCUGCUCUAAAGUUUGUAAAAUAUGCGGCUAGGCUUCGACGCGCCUAUUUUUCCACAGAAUUUCCUUUGACGAAACGCGCGUGGAGAUACCCCGCAGCUGGAAAUUUCCGUGAGAAACAGCGACCGCGCGAUAACGAGGAAAAUGAAUUUUUCAAAGUUGUUGGAAAAAGAAUUGACGCGUUACCCGAGGAAAGAGGUUGCUCCAUUGUCGAAAACUCGAGUAAAGCCGUUCGACGUUGAAAGUACGCUGGCGGAAGUGACCGAAGCGAGAAAAUGUCAGGCGAGAAAGUAUCACGGCCCAGAUUCGCUAUUGUACUCGGCGAUUUACCCCAUAGUUUUCAUAAUGAAAGUGUUGGGUUUGGCGCCGUACGAUUUCACGGGCGACCAGCUAGUCCCGUCCAACUGCUAUCUCCUAUUUUCCUUCGUCUGCAUGGCUAUUUAUUCUUACACUAUACACAACGUGUGCGUAAGAUUCCUUGCCGUGCAGAGAGAGAAAGUGAUCCUUAACGUGUUCGAAACUGCCAAGAUAAUGAUGAACUACCUGAUCGCUAUGUACGAUCUCAUAUCGGUGAUAUUCACGAGGAAAGCGUUUUGCCGCAUUUGGAACGCGCAGCAGGACUUCGACGAGAGGCUCAGCCAACUGGGUUACCCGCACAAGGAAGUAAAAACUCGGAUAGCGGCGUGGGUUCUUUUGAUCAGUCAGAUCGCUGUUUGGACGGUGGUUAAUCAGAGUGGAAUGUUCGCCUUCAACGAGACUUGGCUGUUCAAUAUGAGUUACAUGUGUCUGUACGUCACCAACGCGACAUCCGUCUACAAGUUUUUCGGAAUGGCGAGCUUUCUCGGCCAACGCUUUCAUCGGCUGAACCAGAUCGCGAAGGAGAAUCUACCGUCGAGAGUCGGAUACAAAAGCACCAGCGUCAGCAAAAAGACCAUCCAGGAAUUGCACAACGAGUUGAUGCUAUCCGGCGAAUCCCUGGGCUCCCUUUACUCGUGGUCGUUGUUCUUCUGGCUAGGAAAUUUGAGCGUACACAUCAUCAGCAAUCUCUACUUUAUCAUCGAUUGGGUCAUCGUGACGAACGGCUACAACUUAUCUUGGCCUCUGAUAUUCAACAUGAGCUCCUGGCUUGUCGGAUAUAUGGGACAGCUUUUGGCCCUGCACAUCGUCUGCGAUUACACGGUAACCGAGGCUAAUUUCAUGGCUGUUACCCUGGUCGAAUGGGACGCGAGAAUAGUCGAGAGAUAUCCAUACAAGGAUACCGUUCGUACUACGCUGCACUUUCUCAAUAGACGGCUUCAUUUCUCCGCCGGCGGUCUCUUCGACGUCAAGUUGUCAUUGCUCUGCUCGAUCGUCGGAGUGAUGUCGACGUAUCUGAUAAUCCUUUUGGAGUUUCCCUCGACUUCAUCUUGA